AUGGUUGACUACAAAUUCAUAUUAUACGUUCUCGCGAUCUAUUAUUAUACGACUGUGGGAGCUGAUUAUAGUGUAUCGUUAAUUACGCCUCAAGAUAUUCAAAUAGGUUUAACUACCGUGAUAAGUUGGACUUUUGAGGGUAUUCAAGAAACCACUGUCGAGUUAGGUAUAGCUAACUUUGUAACGUCAGUUUCUACAGUAAUAGAUCCCAAUGUGAUCCUUGCGGAUGAAAGUCAAUAUUGGAACGUUACUGUUCUUUCAGGAAGAUAUCGAUUUUACAUAUUAGAUAAAUUUAAAGAAUACCAAGAAUUUUCUGAGGCGUUUAUUGUUGUUCAGACUAACGGUUCUGUCUUGGGCAGUAGUAAUAGCUCGAGUAGUAAUAAUACCUCGAUCGGCCCUAUAAGAUUGUCGAAAACUACUAUCACAAUAAUCCUCGCUGUCUUUUUAUCCUUCUUUGGCCUUGGUGCCUUAUAUGGACUUUACAAAUCGAAAAGGAAGCCAACAUUUUUUGUAUUAUACUUAUUGGCAUUCGUUCUUCCUCCGUUAUGUGUUAUAAUUUACGUUGU